AGAACUCACUUUAUGACACCAAAAACAAAUUAGUUGCAGCACCAAAACGAUUCUUGGAAACGUUAAGUAAUGUAAAAAACUCAAUACAGAAUCUACAUUCAAUAGAAUUAUACAAUAAACGAGGAAGUAAAAGCAAAGUACCAAUAUACCACUUUAAAGGUCUAAAAGCCGAUGUAACAAUAAUCAAUGAAGUUGAUACGAAUUCAGCUAAACCGGUUUUACCUGACGAUUUCAUCUAUGUAACUGAUCUUCAAUAUACUUUACCUGUAUUGCCUCCUGAUCCCGAAUUUUUAAUGGCUUGUUCAUGUAAGGAAUCAGUCAGUUGUACAAAUGGCUGUCAUGAAGACACUUAUGCCUAUAACAAUGACGGCCUACUUGUGUUACCUUCGGGAAGUGCGAUUUACGAAUGCAACAAGACAUGCUUAUGUAGCGCUCAUUGUAAAAACAGAGUAGUUCAACGGGGACGUAAAAUACCAUUAGAAAUAUUUAAAACAAAGAUAAAAGGGUGGGGUGUCAGAUCGAAAAACCGUAUUAAGCGUGGAACCUUUAUUGAACAAUAUGUAGGUGAAGUAUUAACAAUGGACGAAGGUGAUUUCCGUGGUACAGUAUACGAUAUACUAGAAUGCAGCUAUUUAUUCGAUAUGGACUUUGCUCAAUCGGAAUAUCCCAUUAAAUACGUUAUCGAUUCGUAUGUCAUUGGAAAUGUCAGUAGAUUCUUCAACCACUCUUGUUCUCCUAAUUUGGAAGUAUUCGUGGUAUACUACGAUAGUGCUGAUCCUCAGAUGCACAGAUUGGCUUUCUUUGCUAAACGAGAUAUUUCUGAGAACGAGGAGUUAUGCUUUGACUAUAACGGCCGCUUUGAUCUUGAAGCUGUCAAUGAUACCCAUGAUCGAUAUGCCUGUCAAUGCAAUGCUCGUAAUUGUAGACGUUGGAUUUACAAUUAACAGCUGAAGUGCAUUAUUAACACAUAAGCAAAGAAAAUAUAUAAAUGAAGAACUGUUUUAGCUGGAUAGAAGUACAAUUGGCCCUCAC